CUAUUCCAGUAAUCCCAACCUACUCUGGAUCCAUAGGGAAUGGUCCAACUACAGCACGGGGCAGGUUUUAUUGAAGAAUCCGGAUUAUUCGAUUAUUUAAACCGAUACAUAUUACAACACCGAAAGGGAUAUCGUUUUACAUAAGAGAGCCACCUGUGUCUUGCCUCUCAGGAUGUGUAGCAUGGUGUUGCUGUAGGGGCACUUUAGGAUUAGCAGACCGUGACCCCACUAUGGACACCAUGCCUCAUUUAAGUGUCAAUCGCAGCUCAAAGCCUAACUGUCGCACAGUUUGGCUCAUCUCAGUCCUCGUAGGCCUAUUGGCUAUACACACGUAUGCCAAUGAUGUCCUUCCUGUACCACAGCAGGUGAGCCUGUCAGCCAACAUGGACUCACAACAACUAUCCAUAUCAUGGCUGGCAGGAGCAGCCACAACCUUUGACCUUGUGAUCCUAAGAACUGAACUAGAUGAAACUGUCCUCUCUGAGACGGUGUCUGUGAUGGUGAGUCAGCUGAGUGGUCGGCAUGAGUGGAACUGGACCUCAGUUGAACCUCUGGAGUGUACCUCGCUGUCCAUCAAAAUCCGCUCAAGAGAAGGACAGACAACAAGUGAAUGGAGCAACACUGAGAUACUACAAGGUAGCGAUCUCCCCAGUGAAGAGAAUUUUCAGAUAUUCCCCCUCGACAAAGUCGUACCCGUGGGAGCCAAUACCACCUUCUGUUGUAUUAUGAAAGAGGGGAAUCAAUUUGGGAAAAUCAGAUACGGCAAUACAGACCUGAUCUCAACUCGACUAAGUAGGCGAAGUUACGCCACUACAGUGUUUAAUCAGGGUCUGUCCAGCUCAUCGGGAUCCAACGUCAUCUGUUACGACAACACAGAACAAUUAAUAACUGGAGUGGCGGUGUUUGUUGGAUAUCCACCACUGCCCGGUGAUUUUGUGUGUGAGACUCGUGACCUAACCUCGACUGUGUGCUUGUGGAACGAAAGACGAGACACAAAUUUGUACAAGUCACGAGGAACACGCUACACGCUGAACAAUAGACCAUGUGCUUUGGAAUGGUCACGGAACCCGCAGAAAGAAUAUCGUGUGGCUAACUGGGAGGGUAAAUGGACCCUGGUGGCUGUGAAUGCUCUCGGCCAGUACAGCCUCACUGACUCCGCUAAACUCAGUCACAGAGUGAAUCCAGUAGCACCAGAACACCUGACCUCUGUUGUCCAUGCCUUGAAUGCCACUGUGCUGUGGCAGUUGAAGUACGAUGGCUACUACUCCCUGGCUCUUGUCUGCCAGGUAGAGCUCACCUCCCAAGGGUACAAAACAAAGCAUACCUUCACCGGUGUUGGUCUGCGGUCUGCGGUUCUACCCGACCUGUAUCCUUACGAGGAUUACAGUGUUCAAGUCCGCUGCGGGGCCCAGCAGAAUUUCUGGAAGUGGGGAAGCUGGAGCGAAACAAUUUCUUUCAAAACCAGCAGUCUUGUUCCAGAAUCUCCUGAUAUGUGGGUGUGGAUGAACAAAGACUACACCGGGCAGGUCAUGUGGAAGCCUCUGACUCGAAGACAGAGCCGUGGUCUGAUGACAGGUUAUGAAGUUACUCUCUGGAGCCCGGAAGAACAUUUACAGCACACAGAAAUCGUACCACUGGAUAUCUUUGCUGUACCAAUCAACCUGACACAGAUCGCUACCGUCAGCAGUGACAACAUGGUUAUGGCAACUGUAACAGCAAAGAACACUGAAGGGGUUUCUCAACCUGCGAGUGUACUUAUACCUCUACGUUUGACAGAUGUUGAUCCCCUUGCUGUGUCCCGGGCCGUUUAUACGGACCAAGGUUUCUCUCUGUUCUGGCAGAGCGAUGCCAACGCCACCUUUGCUUAUGUGGUAGAAUGGUGUAAUGCUUCUUGCAAGUGGAACUGUCUUGUGGACUGGAUCAAUGUGGCUCCCGGAAACACUAAUGUCUCAAUUGAGUCAGCCAACUUCCAGCCGGGUGUGAGGUACAACAUUUCCUUGUACAGCAGCUCGUCAGAGGCCCCAGAGCUGCUGCAGCGCUGGCAGGGAUAUAUGCAGGAGCUUGUCCCUUCCAGUCCUGUCAUGUCUCUGUUAACCACCCAGCAGGACUCUGAUAUUCUCCUGAGCUGGGAACAGAUCCCGCUGGUCAGCAGGAGAGGCUUCGUUCUGGGCUACAACAUUUACAUGAGCAGUGGCUCACAGUUCACACUUCUAGCCAACCUGUCAGACCCAGGAAGCAGGAGCUACAAAGUCAAAAGUAUGCCUGAAGGCUCCUAUAAAUUUACUGUCAAGGCUUACACCUCAGCAGGCGAGGACACAGGCGCCACUGCAUCCAUAAUGCUGGAGCCAUUCACUGAUAGGCUAAUUCUGGAAAUCUUGGCUUCCUUGGGAGUCACAGCCCUAUUCCUGGUCAUUGUCACCUUUAUAUGCUACAAGAAAAGGCAAUGGGUGAAAAAGGCAUUCUAUCCAGACAUACCUGAGCCCAAGCUGCCUGGUGAUUGGUCCAGGUCACAGGCACCGUUGGAUGUAAAGCCUCCUCACCACAGUUUGGUCCAUAUGGUAGAAAGGCCUGAGUGGGAUUCUAGUAAAGAAGCACUCGUCGUCAUUCCUGAAGAAGACGAGGAUGAAGAUGGGCAGGGGAUAGGAGAGGCGCUAGCUGACACAGAUGAGCCAACGUCAUUACGCUACUACAACCAAGUAGUAGAUGAACGGCCCAUAAGACCACGUUACCCAGACUCUUCUGAUUCUUCCGCGUCCUCUUUAGAUUCAGCACGCACCGAUGUGACAUACACAGGGAUCCAGACAUCAGGGUCUUUUGUCUUCCAGCUGGAUUCUCAUGGCUCUUCUGAGGGCCACCAACCCCAGGCUGAUCCAUCUUUCUGUGCAGGAGGAGGGGGAGGUUACCGACCCCAGAUGCAAUCUAGAGUCGUUAGUGAUGACACGGGCCCAGCAUCACCCAAUCCUUAUCCGGAUCCUGAGGCUGCCAGUGGCGGGGGCUACAAACCCCAGAGCUCCUGGCAAAUGGACUCCCCAGUGGAGGAUGGGGAAGGUGGCAGCCGUGCACCCUCUCUUGGUUCCCCCACCUCAAUUGCUUCCACUCAGUUCCUCCUCCCUGAUGGAGAGGAACAUACAGAGGAAAAACGACAGCCCUCAUCAUCAGCAGCAACAUGGUUAACCAACUUGCUGUCAUCCACAAAACCAUGAAUCAUCUCUGUCUCAAUAGUCGCAGCCAGGCCAAGGGGAGUUACAUAACCCUUGUUGGAUCAUUUCUGUUACCAGUGUCAUUUACAAAACAAGCCUAAUCCAUAUGGUCUACAUAAAUGUCCCCUCUGAUGUAGUACUGCAUUACAGUUGCACUUAGACAGCAAGUUUAUGAUGCAAUUUAAGGAGUUUAUUCCAAAGAUAAAGAAAAGUGUAUAUAGUUAAUUUUAUGACAUGGAAAUAUCAUAGAUCAAAAUCUGUAUAUUUAUGUAUCAAAACAUUUAUAUUCUGACAACAAACCACUUCAAAAGAUUUCUUUAUGAAUCUUUUAAACCAUAUGUAUAGCAUCCCUUGGCAAUCCUUUGACUCCCUGUGAUGGGCAGUUAGCGAUGGCGUAUCCUGUUACAAUUGAGUAUAUCCAGUUUAUCUUCCAUUUUAGAUGUUUUUAUUUGACUGUGAUGUGAACUUUACUACACUACAGAAGAAACAUGAAACUAUGAAUGUUUUAAACCAAAUGACACUACAAAAAAAGUAAAGCCAUUUUUUUGGACGACACUACAAAGAAAGAGUUUCUAUAGAAAUGAUCCAUGUGUUCUGCUGGUCCGCCAUUGGGAUAAUCUUGCCAGUUUUGUGACAGUCAAUGAGCUGCUGAAAGAAAGAGGCAUUUAGCUGUAAAUAAAAGUGAUACAAUUUAAAUGCAUGUUAAGAAGGCCCUCUCCUAGAUCAAUAAGGUGGUUCAUAUCCUCAUAUUAUAUAUAUUUUUCACAAAUUACUGUCUGAACAGUGGGAUGUUGAAAGAUGAACUUGUGAAAAAGAAAAGUUCAUAUUUUACACAGAUACACAAGUGGUGCUGUCUGUAGUUGUCUGGAAUAGUGAGGGUGUUGAGACAUGUGGAUAUAUACACUGAUAUAAGCUAGAACAUGAAUACAAACUGAUUUACUGACACACUAAUAUGUUACUUUCUUUCUUAACACAUUUUUGUUUGUUUGUUGUAAUUGUAUUUAUUUCACAGUCAGGUCAGUACCCGUUUUUGUGAUUUGCACUAUCCUCAAGUUGAUGAUUGGUAUUAGACAGAUUAUGUUAAUUAACUUGGAGGGUUAUUUGCAGUGUUUUAAUUGCCUUGAUAAAUGUAAUGCUUCCAGUCUCUUGCAUCAACUUAAGUUUCACACAAUGCCUUGCUACUAAAUGUUAUGUAUAAGAAAAACAUUUCUUUUACAAUAGGGACUUUAUUGGAUCGGACAACCAGAAUCCUCUGGCACUGAGUGUAACAUCUACAAAGUAUGUCCUUUUAAUUGACUUUGUUAAGCGCUGACAUUUCUAAACUUUGGUUAAUAUAAAAUUAACACAUUGCUGUGAGAAAGCUUCUUUAUUUUUUGGAAGAUCUAAGUCUACAAAACAUGUUUGUUUUCAAAUUUCAAAUAUGUUUAUUCCAUUAUUUAUAUCAACUCCUCUUCGUACAUUUUGUGACUGGAGAAAGGAAUCAUGAAAUGCUUCUUCUGACAAAAAUGUGUGGAAAUGGCCAUUUAGGAAUGGAAUAUUCCUAAAUGGAAAGCUCUUUGUCAUAUCCAUUAUGGAGUCAAACAAGCCUAGGAUUCCCAAAAGAUUAUUCAAAUAAUAUUUUAUAUUAUAAUCCAGCAGUAAAAAGGAUGUUUAUUUUACCAUAUCUCUCAGGCCCUUUCUUGCCCAUGUGGCAACCCUUUUGUUUCUUAGUGCCUCCAGCCAACAAGCUUUAAGUAAAACUACUGUGAUAUGAAUGAUGACUUUGACUUAGUAUGGAUGGCUUCACUGAUGAUGAAUUAAUGACAGGCAGGCAGUACUCUUUGACUACUGAGAAAAAUGUCUCCUUUUUCAUUGUCUUGUAACACUGACUUCAAUUUUAACUAGGGAAAAUGGUUGAAAAUAUGAGAUAAAAGCUAGAGCUUUCACUAGUCAUAUUAAGUAAAUGGUAAACCAAUCAGUUUAAGGUCAGUGAUCACGUUAAGGCAGUGCUAAAGGGUGGAAACAGCGUUCAGUAUUUAAACAUGACUGCUUUUUCAAACAAGAUCUGCUUUGGAGACUCACCUAUGCUAUGUGUUACAUGCUCUUGGUUUGUAUACACAAAAUGGCACCUUUUAAUUUUGUAUUUGAAAUCUCUUCUUUUAUACAACUAAUUGUACAUAUGUGUACAUUUCUUCCCCUUACACAUUACACAUUGAUAUUACCUAUUCUACAACAGUCAGAGUUAAUUUGGACUUACCAGCUUUCUUGAGAGAAGAAGAGUUGAUGUUGGCGAUACUAGUUAUGUAAAGUCCUCUUGAUUUAUAAAGGCAUCACUCUUGACUGUAUUUGUUGUCUGCUUAUAUACACAGAAGCUUUUUGCCGGAACAAUCAUGUAACCUGAUGUAGAAUUGUGAUUCUGGCUGCUUAUAAAAUGUAUUGUACUUCCUUAUCAAAGCAGUAUCACUAUGCCAGACACAUUGUAAUUAUUAGACUCACUAUGCAGACUCUCACAGUCUGACUUGCAAUUAUCCAUUGAGUCGAGUAUUUUCUAUGGUCCACCCACAUUUUUUAUUUUAACCUAUGCUUACUCUGUAGAAAGUUACACUUCUGUGCGGUAUACAGCAGGGUACACUUGCAGUAUUCAUCUCUGGUCUUGGAUGUUUUUUGUGAAAUUGGUGCAUGUUGUAAAAACUAUUACUACAAAAAAGUGUCUGGUAAGUCCUUUAAACUCCAUGUAUAUGUUACCUUAUAGCUUUAGAAAUGUUACAUUGACUUGUGUCUUCACAACAACAUGACUGAAGAUAUGUGCUCCAGAUAAGGUUUUCAUUUUAUUUUAAUUGUCAUGAUAUUUUGCAGAACCUUUUGAAAUGGAUUAAAUAAAAAGAAACCAUGUGCUUCUGAUUUAAUAAAGACAUGUUAACACUUAUAACACAAAUCAAGUUGCUACUUGUUUAAAUGCAAUAAAGUCAUUUGUCUGGCAACUUGUCAGUUUA